ACAAUUAAGAGUUCUUCAAUGUUAACAAUAUACAUAUUGAUCUCUUGAAAUACAAAUAAUUAAGAGGUCUUGAAAAUGGGUGUAUCAUUUCUUGUUUCUUCAUUAUCCCAGAUCGAUCAGUCCAUGGUCAUUAUCAUCAUAAUCCCAUUUGUUUUUCUUGCAAGUUCAUUGUUUUUCUACUUCAUCAGCAACCCUUUGGUACGAGCAAAGAAGCUCCCACCAGGUCCCAAAAGGCUUCCAAUCAUUGGAAACUUGUACCAGCUACCGAAUCCAAUCCAUAAAUCACUUCACCACUUAGCAGAAAAACAUGGACCUCUUAUGUACCUCCAGCUUGGUUCAGUACCUACUGUAAUAAUUUCCUCCGCCGACAUGGUCAGAGAUAUCUUUAGAACACAUGAUACUGUCUUUUCCGGCAGACCCGCUUCAUACGCCGCCAAGAAAUUGUGUUACAAUUGUUCCGACAUUGCUUUUGCUCCAUACGGUCAACAGUGGAAGGAGAUGAGGAAAAUUGCGAGUUCAGAACUGUUAAGUACAAACAGAGUGCAAUCUUUUAAGACAGUCCGAGAAGAAGAAGUGAGUCGUAUGAUUGAUUCUAUAACUAACUCGUCUGGUCCGAUUAAUCUGAGCGAAUUAAUUCUUUUGGUAUCGAAUAGAGUGGUAUGUCGCGCCGCUUUUGGAAGGAAUUAUGAAUCUGGAAUUAGUGGAGGACGAGGACUGGAUUAUCUGCUUGGUGAAGCGCAGGAAAUUCUUGGAGGAUUUUGCAUAGCGGAUUUUUUUCCACGGAUGGAAUGGGUUUGUAAGUUCAAUGGCUUAGAAGCUCGAGCGGAGAAGACUUUCGGACAACUAGACAAAUUCUAUGAUAAAAUACUAGAGGAGCAUCUUGAUCCGGACAGACCUGAACCUGAACAUGAAGAUCUUGUUGAUGUACUGCUGCGACUGCAGAGAGAUGAUAGUCGAAACACUUCACUCAGCAACGAUUCCAUCAAGGGCGUUCUCAAUGACAUGUUUAUUGCCGGAACGGACACAUCGGCAGCAACUAUAGUUUGGACUAUGACAGAGCUAAUCAGAAAUCCCCAGGUAAUGAAAAAAGUGCAAGAAGAAGUGAGAGAACUACUUAAAUCCAAAACCAAGGUUGAAGAAAGCGAUAUUCCAGGACUUGGUUACCUAAAAGCAGUACUAAAAGAAUCAUUCAGAAUCCACCCACCAACUCCAUUGAUGGUUCCACGAGAAACUAUACAAGAUUGCAGAGUCGGAGACUAUGACAUUCCAGCUAAAACAAGGGUGUUUAUAAAUGGAUCGUCGAUAUUCAUGGACCCUAAAAACUGGGAAAAUCCAAGUGAAUUUCGACCUGAGCGAUUUCUGAAUAAUUCGGUUGAUUUUAGCGGACAGCAUUUUGAGUUAACAGCGUUUGGAGUGGGACGACGAGGAUGUCCUGGAAUGAAUUUUGCUGUGAUAGUGGUGGAGCUAGCUCUGGCUAAUCUGCUGUAUCACUUCGACUGGGGAUUGCCUGAUGGAGUUGCAGUAGAUGAUAUUGACAUGGAGGAAGCAUUUGGCAUUACUAUGCAUAAAAAAUCUCAUUUAUACCUAGUGGCUACUCCUGCGAAUAAUGAUGUCUAGCCUGUUUAAUUAAUGCCAUCUUCAUUAAUGGAUGAUUUUAAGUCAAUUAUGAAUUAUGAUUCAUAAUCUUCUGAGGUAAAUUUAGUUCAUUUAAAUGUUUCUUCUAUUGUGGAGGUUGGAAUGGAUCAGUUUCUUUUUCUUUAA